AACACAGCACAAACCUAAACAACAGCGUAAAGGGACAGGCAGGGAAUGACAAGAAGAGCAUCCACCGCCUGACCAAGCUGGCACACGUAGACCAUCAGAGAUCAAAACAAAAACAGAGCAUUCGUCUGUCCUCGUAAAUGUGUCAUGCGCGCAACAGACAGUCAUUAAAUAUCCGGUAAAUCAGGAAUAUUGUUCUGUUGCUCUCUGUAUUGGAGGUUGUCGUCUGACAACGACAAUACAGACUACAGAUAAUAUAUGGGCUAUUGAACUGAGUAAUAUUUAUAUUUCUAGAUAUUAAUGUAGUGCAAUUAUGCAAUUGUAAAAUAGGCUACUGUUGAUAUAAAUACUGAAAUAUGGGUUCUAGAUUAAGCAGACAGAGUAGUCUGGACAAUGAGAAUUUUACGAAAAGGGGUCGCAAGCAUCUUGACAGCACAGGAGAAAGCGACAGAGGUGGAAGUCGAGGCAGCGGCGACUUUCUUUUUACAAUGAUUCUGAAAUCAGACAAACUGCCGGGGAUGCUGCGAAGGUCCAACCACAGUCCCUACGUGAGGCGAGUGGCAUGGAUCCGAGACAUACAAAAGCUGCUCCGUGAUCGCAGGAUAGAUCAGGCAACCGACGUGCUCAAACUAUUGAGGAAGGAUCUGGGCUUGGAAGGCACAUCCCUCAAUGACAUCUUAUAUAAGAAUGCUGCUUUUCUCAACCUGGUGGACCCCAUCUCCCAUGAGUUGUUGCUCAGCCUGGCUCGUGAGAUGCAGUGUCCCAAGAAGAAGGAUGCUGACACCAUCAAGUCGUCAGAUAAGAUUUGCAGACAGCUGAUCUACCACCUGACCCCUCACUCCAAGUGGCUCAGACAGAGCAUGUCCAGACGGAAGUCCCAGGCCUGUCUCAAGACAACCCUGCAGAGAAAAGUAUCCACUGACACAGUUGACUUGUCUGGCAUACCUCUCUCCAGUCGAGAUGUUCGCCACGUGGCCUUCUACCUUCAGAACAGUGGGGAUGCAGUGGUGGCUGUGGAUAUCAGCUUCACUGAGCUCCAAGAUGAGAACCUCCGUGUCCUGCUACCGGUCCUGGGGUCUCUGCCCAAACUCAACACCCUGGCCCUCAACGGCAACCGGCUGACCCUGGCCAUAGUCAAAGACUUGACUGAGAUCCUGAAAGACCCAAAGAAGUUCUCCAACCUGGCUUGGAUUGAUCUGGGCAACAACUUUGACAUUUUCACCAUGCCCCAGCCCCUGUUAGUGGCCCUGCGACGCCGCUGCAGCCUGAAGAGCAGCUUGCCCACCAUCUAUGAGUACACAGAGGGCCAACCCUACUGCUACCACAUGGAGACCUCCAUUGAGGAACCCAGCCACUACGAGGAGGAGGAGGAGGCAGGGGAAGAGGAGGGGGAGGAAGAUGAAGACGAGCUGGAGCCAUGGGCUAUAGGGGGGAAAAAGAUUUCAAAGGACUUCACACUACACUACUGUGAGAGGUGAUGAGUUGAAGUCCCCCUGGCUCGGUUCAGCUGUGUUUGAAAGGCCUUCCCACAGCUUCAAGUUCCUACCUUUCCCAUGUUGCCCUUUACACCAUGAGCCCAGUCACCCAUUGUGGCACGAGGGAUGUUUAGCGCCACACAUUCCAGAGACCAUCGUUCCAACACAGCCACCAAAUAAUCUCUCGCCAUCUAUGAGUUAACCAACACAAGACCACUGCAGUAACUGAUUAUGUUGGUGACUUACUGUGUUGGUGGAUGGUGCUCCUGGGAACGAGGUGCGGUUUCAUUGGAGGUGGGCUAGAAGAAUUUAGGAAAAGGUGCUCUCUCUCUCUCGCCCUCUUAAAGUAGCAGCUGUGGAGCAAAUCCCAAGGACUUCAGAUCAGACGGCUUGACGGAGGAGCGGCAUAACGCUGGUGGUCUAAUGAGCUGCUGUUGGUUUGGAAGCAGUAGGUCCCAACCAGGUUCUCUACCAGGACUGUCACUGAGACUAUCCCUGGCAGGCAGGGCCUAGCUCCACAUUGUGUGUUCUCUGUUAAUCUCUCAACAAAGGCUAUGAAACAAGUUCAACAGACUAUACAGCCGACGAACCGUCACGUGAUUCUGGCAAAACUGCUAAGUCAAGACUUUUUGCUCCCCCCCCCCGCCCCCCUUUCGAAAUGUCCACUUGUGAAUACCUACGUAGAUGUAAAUGAUGACACAUAACAGGGCUCUGUUGUGUUUCCACAGGCUAUUUUAGUGCACUGCUGGUGAAUAAAGCCAUCUUAGAAGACAACAGGUAGGACUCAACAAUAGACUGAUUGUUCGCUGUUGCCAAAACUCUGAGAUUCACCACUGUAUUUAGCUGUUUUAGUCAUUAUCAUUUUAGAACACAUGUGGGAUGAAUGACAGUGCAGACAAGCCCCAAGGGUGGACUCAUUCAUCUCUUUGUAGUGAGGAACGUACCAAAUGGAAUCACAUACUGACACCCUUUGUACUAAUAUGUCGUUAUUAACAUUUAUAUGUGUGUUUGUUUAUAUGUGUGUUUGUUUAUAUGUGUGUUUGUUUAUAUGUGCGUUUGUUUAUAUGUGUGUUUGUUUAUUGUGGGAGAAACAUGACUGUUACAUAUCAGUUGUAGGCUAUUACCAGGACUGAUAAUCAGCGGGGUGGGCUGAGUGUAGUGCUGGAUAGUGGUGGUCUAUGAAAUAGCACAUAAUAGGUCAGUUGGGUUUACCAACUGGAGCUGAGCUCCAUGCUGUAUUGCACUUUAAGAAAUGUGAGAAAUGGAUUUGACUUCAGAUCCAUUUCAUUCUCUCAUUGAUGCAUGAAGCUGUUUUUACCAAUUCAUCCUAAUAUCAAUAUUGAUUUUUCACAAUGAUAUUUCAGAAGCUUAACCACACUGACACCAUAAUAUACAUAAAGGUCAUUCAGCAAACUGCUAUUAACAAUAAUUGAAUAACUGGAUGUAAUAUACUGGUAUCGUCUGAUUGAAUAUGUGUGAGGGUGUUUAAUGUGUGUUUGCUGUUGUAUAAUGUCUGAUUACUGUUGUAACUGUUUGUAUUAUUUAUUGUAGUUAUUUCAUUGUGAAAAUGAGCACUCUAACCUCUGCCGGAACAAUUAGAGGACACACAAGGGCAAGGUAUUAAUAAACUAAUGACAUACCGCUAGCAACAAAUGUUCCCCAUUUCACUGACAUUAAAUGUACACUGAAAUGUAGCACAGGACAUCACUUUUCAUGUACAAUAUGUGUAUGUUUAAAAAAUAUCAAAGGUGUUGUAAUGGUUUUAUGGGACUAUGGUAGGAAAAUAUUUUGCUCACACUGUAUACGUUAGCAUUGUGUGUCAUUGUUAUACUAUUUGUCAACUCUGGGUCAUUGUAUCUGUAUGUGGUGCCAUACUUAGAAUGACAUUUUACUGCCAAUAAAAACUGACUCUAAGCAACUGUUUGCAGGAUGAAGUG